ACCGCUUCUGUCAGGGAGCCGGGAAAGGCGAGGGAUAAGUGAAAGCUUUUUGCAGAGUAAGGCUACCACUCUGGCUCAGUGCCUCAGGCGGAUGGUAGGGGUAGGGUACCAGGCGCCUUUAGCACUCACAUGGACUUCUACCGAGGGCUCAUCGUAGCCUGGGCACUCUGCCUUCUGCCAGGAUUCUGCGACACCUUCAACAUCGACACCAAAAGGCCCAAGAUCAUACCGGGCUCCAAAGAAGCGUAUUUCGGCUACACGGUGCAGCAGCAUGACAUCGCUGGGAAGAAAUGGCUGGUGGUGGGAGCUCCCUACGAAACCAACGGGCAGCAGAAGACUGGAGACGUCUACAAGUGCCCGGUGAACGGCGACACCAAAAGCAACUGCACCAAGCUGAACCUAGGAAGAGUCACGCUUUCCAACGUGUCGGAGCGCAAGGACAACAUGCGCCUUGGCUUGAGCCUGACCACAAACCCCAAGGACAACAGCUUUCUGGCGUGCAGCCCUCUCUGGUCCCAUGAGUGUGGAAGCUCGUACUACACCACAGGAAUGUGCUCCAGGGUGAACUCCAACUUCAGAUUCUCCAAGACCAUCGCUCCCGCUCUCCAGAGGUGCCAAACGUACAUGGACAUAAUCAUCGUCCUGGAUGGAUCAAACAGCAUCUAUCCUUGGGUUGAAGUCCAGCAUUUCCUGAUAAACAUCUUGAAAAAAUUCUACAUUGGGCCUGGACAGAUACAAGUGGGCGUUGUCCAGUACGGAGAAGACGUUGUCCAUGAGUUUCACCUAAAUGACUACAGAUCCGUCAAAGACGUGGUGGAAGCCGCUAGCCACAUCGAGCAGCGAGGAGGCACAGAGACCAGGACGGCCUACGGCAUCGAGUUUGCUCGCUCGGAGGCCUUUCAGAAAGGCGGGCGGAAAGGAGCCAAGAAAGUGAUGAUCGUGAUAACCGACGGCGAGUCCCACGACAGCCCGGACCUGGAGAAGGUGAUCGAGGACAGCGAGAGGGACAACGUCACCAGAUAUGCUGUGGCUGUGCUGGGCUAUUACAACAGGAGAGGAAUCAAUCCGGAAACGUUUUUGAACGAAAUCAAAUUUAUAGCAAGUGACCCGGAUGACAAGCAUUUCUUUAAUGUCACCGAUGAAGCCGCACUCAAGGAUAUCGUGGACGCCCUGGGAGAAAGGAUAUUUAGUUUGGAAGGCACCAACAAGAAUGAAAUCUCCUUUGGACUGGAGAUGUCCCAGACUGGGUUUUCAUCACACAUCGUGGAAGACGGGAUUUUGCUGGGGGCCGUGGGAGCCUACGACUGGAACGGUGCAGUGCUAAAGGAAACCAGCAGCGGGAGAAUCAUUCCCCAUCGGGAAUCGUAUCUCCAAGAGUUCCCCGAAGAGCUGAAGAAUCACGGCGCCUACCUUGGUUACACCGUCACCUCUGUGCUUUCACCGACGCACGACCGGAUUUAUGUAGCAGGAGCCCCCAGAUUCAACCACACUGGGAAAGUCAUUAUUUUCACAAUGCACAACAACAGAAACCUAACUAUUCACCAGUCCCUGAAAGGAGAGCAGAUCGGCUCCUACUACGGAAGUGAGAUAAAUUCUGUUGACAUCGAUGGUGACGGCAUCACCGAUAUCUUGUUGGUGGGAGCUCCCAUGUACUUCAGCGAAAACUGGGAGAGGGGGAAGGUUUAUGUCUAUGUUUUAAGACAGGACCGGUUUGUCUCCAGCGGCGCCUUGCAGGACCUGCAGAGUUACCAGAACUCCCGGUUCGGUUCCUGCAUCGCGUCUGUCCCUGACCUGAACCAGGACUCGUACAAUGACGUUGUCGUUGGCGCCCCUUUGGAAGAUGAUCACCAAGGAGCCAUAUACAUCUUCCACGGCUUCAAAGGAGACAUCCUGAGGAAGUAUAAGCAGAGAAUAGCAGCAGUCGACCUUGCUUCCGGCCUGAUGUAUUUUGGAUGCAGUAUCCACGGACAGCUGGAUCUGAACGAAGAUGGCCUCACAGACCUGGCUGUUGGCUCUCUCGGGAACGCUGUGCUAUUAUGGUCCCGCAGCGUGGUCCAGAUCAAUGCCAGCAUCCGGUUCGAGCCAUCCAAAAUCAACAUCUUCAACAAGGACUGCAAGAGGAACGGCAAGGAUGCCACCUGCAUGUCUGCCUUCGUCUGCUUCACCGCUGUCUUCCUCUCGCCUCACUUCCACACCGCCAGCCUGGCAAUAAAAUAUAACGCCACCAUUGACGAAAGACGGUACACGCCGCGGGCUCACCUGGACGAGAACAGCGACAGGCACACGCACAAGAGGGUCACGCUGUUGGCGGGACGGGAGCACUGUGACAAGCUGAACUUCCAUGUGCUGGACACAGCAGACUACGUGAAGCCGGUGACGUUUUCGGUGGAAUAUGACCUGGAGGAUCCCAGCAACGGCCCCAUGCUGGAUGACGGCUGGCCAACCUCCCUUAAAGUCUCUGUGCCUUUCUGGAACGGCUGCAACGAGGAUGAGCACUGCGUCCCCGACCUCUUCCUUGAUGCCAGAACCGAUAUCCCGAGUGCCAUGGAAUACUGCCACCGGGUGCUCCGCAAGUCGCACUCGGACUGCUCCAUCUACACCCUCUCCUUCGACACCUCCAUUUUCAUCAUCGAGAGCACGAGGCGAAGGGUGGCUGUGGAAGCCAUACUGGAGAACAAGGGCGAGAACGCCUACAGCACCGUCCUCAACAUCUCCUUCUCCAAAAACCUCCAGUUUGCCAGCUUGAUUCAGAGGGACGAUACCGACAUCAAUAUCGAGUGCGUGACGGAGGAGAAGCACCUGAACAAGAAGGUGUGCAACGUUAGCUACCCCUUCUUCCGAGCCAAGGCAAAGGUGGCUUUUCGCCUGGAUUUUGAGUUCAGCAAGUCUAUUUUCCUUCAAAGCAUGGAGAUUUAUCUGACUGCCAACAGUGACAGCGAAGAAAGAAACACCACCAAAGAGGAUAAUUCUGCCCUCCUGAAUUUCCACCUGAAGUAUGAAGCCGACCUCCUUUUCACCAGGGCUUCGAGUCUGGACUACUAUGAAAUCAAGUCGAACAGCUCGCUGGAGAGAUACGACAGCAUCGGCCCUCCUUUUAAUUGCACGUUCAAGUUGCAGAACCUGGGCUUCUUCCCGGUCGACGAGGUGACCAUUAAAAUUACAGUCCCGGUAGCCACGAGAGGAGGGAAUCGCCUGUUGCUGCUGACCGAUUUCAUCGUGGAUCAGGCAAAUACGACGUGCAACGUCUGGGGGAACAACACCGACUACAGGAGCACGCCCACCGAGGAGGACCUGUUCCGCACCCCACAGCUGAACCACAGUAACUCGGACGUCGUGUCCAUCGACUGCAAUGUGAAACUCGCCCCCAACGAGGACAUCAGCUUUCACUUACGCGGCUACCUGUGGAUGAAGUCACUGAAAGCACUGAAGUUCAAGGCACUGAAGCUCACCACGCACGCCGCCCUGCAGCGCCGCUUCCGCAGCCCCUUCGUCUUCAGGGAAGAGGACCCCAGCCGCCAGAUCACCUUCACGGUCUCCAAGCCGGAGGACUCGCAGAUCCCCAUCUGGAUCAUCGUGGGCAGCACACUGGGCGGGCUCCUGCUCUUGGCGCUCCUCGUCCUGGCGCUGUGGAAGCUUUUCACAUACUGACAUCACAGGUGAAGAAAGACCUCAGAGUAGACUGCAGCGGAGCCAAAGGUGGGAAGUGACCAGAAAACAAAGCUCUGGAAACGGAGGUGCCAGGAAAUCUUUCCCAGCAGACCACGUGGUGUCAUUUUUCUUCUUAUUAAAAAGCAGAACGGGUUUCAGGACUUUCCUUUAACGCCCUCUACAGAAACUUCAAGCGUGUACAUUUGUUCCAAAGAACAGCUUUAUAUACGUACUUCACAAGGGUACAUCACAGGUACUUUUACAUGGCAGAAUCAUAUCCUGAGAAAAAACAGUGCAAGAGUGUCAUUUCAUUAACAGUACAAAAAUUGUAACCAUUCAUUUCAAAGCAAGACAGAAUGCAUUCAGCUGUUAUUUGCUACCGAGCUUGUUCACCAGCGGUUUGAAUGGACAUCGUAUUAGCAGCUGCCCGGGGUUCAGUCCUCACCCCCCUCCGAGUCCAAUUGAGUUUCAUGAUUUCAUUCUCGUUAUUACGUUAAUGAUUCACUUUAUAAAUGUGCAGGGGUCUAAAGAGGUGCAGCAAGGUAUAAGAACUUAAUGGCUGCGGGGCAGAGUCUAGCAAGAGAUGGCGUUCGCUCUCUUGAAACGCAUGCAUAGAGUCGUCUAUCAGCCACCACUAACUUUACCACCUAAAUAGAAAGCACCUUUUAUCUGUUCUUCACAUGGUCAAGGGAGGAGGGUCUCGAUGCUUUGGCAGUAAAGGACACGAUCUGGCAAAGAACUAAGGCCCACUGGAUUCCUUGGAGUUCGAAAACAUUUAGUACCCUCUGGGAUGGGGCACAAUUACAUGAGCUUCUCAAUCUCUCCGUGCACAGGUUAAGAUUGAAACUGGGAGUUAAAACACAUCCCGGGCGGCCAACAGCAGGAGACAAACUGCACAAUACACAUCUUAGCAAAAGCAGACAUCCAGGUCUCUGGGAGACUUCUGAUUCCCUGAUCUAUUUAAAAGGGGAAGAGGAAAGCAGCCCAAGUACAAAACGACAAGAACAGCAAAUCCUUCCUGCCCACUUGGUGAAAGGUUUCACACUUGCUUUAAGGCCCCGGCUGGUCAAGUUUGGCUUCGUCAUCUUGGCCAUCGUAUUGGACAGAAUCUGUCGAUCUUUUAUGCUAUGGUUAAACCUACCUGAGAUACAAAUCACAAGCGUUCCUCAUUCUAGGAUUUAGUCUCCACUUUCCCUCACUGAGAAGCUUGUACGUUUAAAAGUUGC